AUGGGAGAGGUCGUCUGUCAUGGUGUUGGAUCACUUGAGAGAGGAAGGUCCACAGAUUACGACGACGAAGUUUGGAGACCGUUCAAGUUUUCCGCACUUCUCUCCCCGGAUGUCCAGUUCAACAUUGCUCCAGCAAGUAGUGAACCUUACGCCAUAACAACAGUACGAGGUACUAAAGAUGCAACUAGCUCUCAAGCAAGACCACAUGAUGAAGCCUUAGCACUGAGGUUGUUGUCUUAUAUGCCAUGCUUUAAAUGA